GUGUUAGGGGGUAUUCUAGCUGUUUAAACUGUACAACAGUUCAAAGUCCACCCAUUUGUCAACAAAUCGCCCCCACUUUUGUCUGGAGUGCUGAGUGACCAGCAACAGAAUAUGGAAGUUACACAAGAAGAAAUAAUUCGCCGACUUAAGAAUGUGUACUUAAUUCCGUUUUAUGUACUCUGUGCAGUGUACUUCGUGCUGUAUCAACCAUUUUGGCACUACCCUGAGGAGACAUUUUCUGCAGCAUUCUUCAAAGUGCUACCUAUAUUUUCCUUAAUUGCAUUUGUUAGAUUAAAUGCCGAGGAUGAAAACAUUUUGCAGAAUCCAAUUCCCAAAAGUGACUUCCACAGAUUUACAAUUCUAGGCUUAAUUUUCUCCAGCAUUGGAGAUGCCUGUCUCAUUGCUAGGGAAACCAUGUUCAUUCCAGGAAUGUUAUUUUUCGCCAUUGCGCAGGCUUGGUAUUUAUACGCGCUUGGUCCCGGAAGUAAGGGAAGCAGGUUACAAUCCAUAUUUUACCUUGGAGGAGUCGGGACUUUUCUAUUUAUGGAAUCUGGAAUAGAGAGCAUUUUUAUGAAGUUUCUAAUUCUGAUCUACACGGUUCUGAUUUUUACGGUUGCUUGGAGGGCGGCGUCACGAUAUGAGCGGGAAAACACGUACCCUGCCUUCCUGGGAUUUGUAGGAAUACUUUUGUUCACUCUAUCUGAUUUCUUAAUAGGUGUCAAUAAAUGGAAAUUUUACAUUCCUUUUUCAGAAUGUAUAGUUAUGAUGACUUACUAUGGCGGCCAGUUUGGCAUCGCUCUAGGCUCUCUUAAAGAAUAAGUUUAAUAAUUUUGUUUUACUUUUUAAUUGAGUACUCUAGUAUUCAAUUCACUCCAUGAUUGUUCAGAAUGUUCAGAAUGUGUUCAUUGCACCGAUUUGCACGUCUAAAAUUUUCGAUAUGCAUGCACUAUGGUCUUGAAGCAAAGUUCACAAAUAAUUAAAAUGGUACCUUACUUUUGCUCAUUUGCUUUGUCUGUACAUGUAUUUUUAAAAUAAAAUGUUUCCUGUUUAA